AUGUCCUGGUCGGGAUUUAAAAAAGCGGUCAAUCGGGCCGGUGCCCAUGUCAUAUUGCGCACCAACAAGGGCGAAGCCUCUGUGGACCCGGAGUUUGAUCUCCAGGAGGCCAAUUUCAAAAAACUCGAAUCCUAUACAAAUGACCUUGACCAAGAACUAGACACUUUUGUGACAAACUUUGAGAAUCUGCUAGAAACCCAAUUGAACAUGGCAAAGACCUUGGACUCCUUCUACGGCGAUUACAGUUUCGACCUCAAGGCAGACAAGCGAGCGGAUCACUCGGAAGAAGCUGGAGACGGCAAGACGAACGUUCGAGACGGUAUCUCGCUCACGUAUCUCAAGAUGAUAGAGGAUAUUAAGGACAGUAUACUGCCGGAAGUUCUGCAACCGAUGAACGUGACUGUCAUGGAGCCAAUUGGAGAGCUACAAAAAUACAACGACGAAAUUAACAAGCUGAUAAAGAAACGCGCGCGCAAGAAGGUGGAUUACGACGUUUUACGGUUCAAGCUGUCCAAACUUCAGAACGAGCAUGCCGGGAUUGAAACCCAGGCAAAGGACCAGCAGCGGGGCGAGAAGUCGGAUCAGUUGCAAAAAACCUACGACAAGCUGCAGCGGGUGAAAGUUGAGUUUGAUGAGGCAGAAACCGUUUACACAGACAUUAAUACCCGCCUUAAGAACGAGAUCGAACAGUUUGUUGGGCUCAGGCUGUCUCUAGUGGACCCAACGUUUGAAAGUUUCAUCAAAAUCCAGCUCAAGCUGUACAACGACAUCUUUGACAGACUGGAACAGAAAGAUCUACACAUCGACGCCAUGACGACCCAGGAACACCAGGAAGAGAAGAUCGACGCACGUUUGGAAGAAAUACUGAUGAGAAUGAGCGCUCUAGAUAUUAAGAGUUUAUAA